AUGAAUACGAUGGCCUCACUGGGUCCCUCCAGAAAGCCUCAAUCGCAAACGCAAGUGACCUCGUCCCAGUUGAAGCGAGCAACAUGCAACUUAUGCCGUGAGCGCAAGGUGCGCUGCGACCGGGAAAAGCCGCAGUGCCAUCGCUGUCGCAAAUCGGGCCAGACGUGUGUCUAUCCCUCGGACAAGGCAGAUAACAACGAGAUCAAGUCGGCGUUGAAUCUGCUUCACUCCCGUCUGCUACAAGCGGAAACGACGCUCCAGGAACAAGGCUUACAAUUUACCACUCAGUCCAUGAAGCCGACUUCUGCCUUAUCCCCAGGCUAUACGUCGCAGAACUCCCAGUUUGCAUAUGACCUACUGUCACAAGGUGAUGACAUGGACUACUCAAAUAUGGUAUUCCCAGAGUUUGACCCGAGCCUCCUUAGCAACUACCAUGGGCCACCUGCCAUGAUCGAUAUUAUGAACAGCUCUGGCACAGAUGGGACUCCUUCAGAUCUAGAUUUGGAUAUGGCCAACCUAAAAGACAAUCCACCAGGCCCCACAUUCAAAUUCAACCCACUGUUCGAGCAACCCACUCUCUUUAGUGGGCUGGAGCAGCAAUACCGGUCGUACUUUGAUAUAGUGCAGAAACACAUGAGGUUAAUAGACCAGCAGGAGUUUUUGCUAUCCGUUGUCCCAAAGGAGACGCACCAAUGCAUGGCCCUAAAAUAUGCCACUGCUUUAUCUGGCUCCACUGCGUGUGGAGAGUCAGCCCUAGCCAUGGAGUCGUACAUAGCAGCCCGGUUCCAUCUAGAACAAGCCGAGAAUCUAGCCGAUAACUCUUCUUUCUUAACCCUUGAGACGGUUCAGGCUUUGCUUCUUGUUGCGAGGUUUGAAUUUACUCAUAUCAGCGGACCGAAAGGGCUUCUAACCAUAGCGCGGGCUAUGCAGUUGCUAGGCUUGCUGGGAUAUGACGUGCUCGAUCGGACCUCAGCAGAAGGCGAAGGAGAUAUAUCUCAGAUGAUGCCGCCAAAAGCACAUAGUCGGGAAUAUAUUCAGAUGCUACGGCGGACGUUUUGGAUUGCAUUUGCGAUGCAUUGCAAUGCAGCUGCAAGUUUCUCAUGUUGUAUACCAGUCAAAGACAGUGAGAUCGGCACCGCAAUGCCAGUUCCCGACCCAACAAUAGACUCCGAUCCAAAUCAGCACGUCUAUCUUUCCGAAGGAAUUACGAAAACCAUGGCGGAGGGACUUUCCGUCUUUUCGCUUUUUAUAUUCGCCAUGAAACUUGUCGUUGACGGAGACCGCCACCGCCAAUCGACCAAGAAAUACGUACGGGACAACGCAUCUGACUAUAAUUUUUGCCUUGUCCACGACAAGAUCGGGAGAGAGAUUACCAUCAUGUUAAAUUCCCUCUCGGCACAGGAGUCUCUGGAUGGGCCAGAUGACGAACUUCGCGUGCUCACUUGUAUCAUCGUCAUAGGCGGUCGAAUUGAUUGGCUCAAGACGGCUAUCAUUGGAUCCCAGAAAGCUGCGUUUCUAGGUCCCAUUGCUAAGGAAUAUCGCACUUCGUGUGUCGCUGUCACAAAUGCUAUGUGCGACUUGCUUCUUCAGGCGAGUGUUACUGAUGCAAAACAAGUCCCCGCCUGGAAAGAAAUGUCGCUCUUCAUAAUGCGGCCGCUAGCCUUAGCCGCCGAAAUCCAGCUCGACGUCCUACAAAACCCACAAGACAUGAGCUAUAAUGCAUUCUCAUCAACGCGCGAAAUACGACAGAACCUCGAAGUCUUGUGUAAUGUCAUGGUGAAGUGUAAAUACAUCCGAGCCAGCACUUCGACUGAAAAGGUCAGAUACCAAGCUCUCAUCUCUUUGGAAAUGGCACCUACCACGUCUGAACCUUCGCUGAUAGUCUUCGGGCCUCAGGCAGAGCUCUCCUCUCUAGAUGGAAUUGACCAAUUGAGGCAGGAGCUCAACGAGAAUCCUCAACUAUCCCAUGUCCUCAAUGCCGCAAAGCAUGGGGCCGAACUGUGGAAGCUCAUUGCCGACUUCGAUCCUUCCUUGAACCAUAUUCCAGGAGCAAAGCUGCUCGCUGAGCUCCAAGAGUGGGUUGUAGGAGACGGCCCUUUGCCAAGUUACGACUUCAACGCAUUUCGUCUUCCGGUUACCGUUCUUCUCGAGAUCGCUCAGUAUUUCCGCUACUUGAAGCAGCUGAAUGUGGUCAGCCCUCACCGUGUCAUGCUUAAGAGGGUCCAAUCUGGCGGCGUCCUGGGCUUCUGUGUUGGGUUCCUCGGUGCAAUUGCGGUGGCUACCUCGGAGAUCGAAGAUGAAGUCGCAUUCACAGCUGCCACAGUCUUUCGUUUGGCUGUCAUUAUCGGUGCCUAUGUCGACAAUAACCAAUUUGGUAUACAAGGGACAAAGGUAGGCUGCAUUGCUGUUCGAUGGAAGGGAGAUGAUGUUCAUGAACAUGAUAUCUCUAAUCUUGUUAGCACCUUUCCAAAGGCGUAUACAUCAUGCACCAUCGAUUCCAAGUCCAUUACUGUCACAGCCAGCCUUUCUGAUAUAGCCAGCCUAACUGAACAGCUGCGAGCAUAUGGCUGCUAUGUGACCACUGUCAGUGUAGAAGGAGCCUUUCACUCGGACAUACAUACCGCUGCCGUGGAAAAGAUCAAGGACUUUGCCCUGGGCCGUCCAGAUCUCCAUUUUCCCAGUGUUGACAAGCUGCAAGCUCCACUCCGUUCUACCGUGAACGGUGAAAUCAUCACCAGCGGAUCCCUCCUCCAACACGCCCUCGAGAAUAUUUUGCUGAAGCCGGCCGCAUGGUUUAAAACGGUGCAGGGGGCCGUUGCCCAGCUGGAAGACGGUCAUAAGACAGUUGCGUUUGCAGGAUUCGGGAAUCAUAUUCCGGCUUCGCUUGUCAGUGGUGCGGGUUUAUAUGUCUCGAAUCUGAAUAAGUUGACAGUAUCGAAUCCUCUCAACUCAUUCCCCAAUGGGACAAGGAUAAAAAAGACAACCAAGCCAGGAAACCGAGUUUCAGAUGCGCAAGACUUUGUGCCUUCUGAAUAUCCGCCCAACUCCAUUGCUAUCGUCGGUAUGUCUGGCAGAUUCCCCGGAGCAGAUUCGUUAGAUGAACUUUGGGAACUGCUGCUAUCCGGCAAAUCAAUGGCUGAACCAGCUCCCGCUGAAAGAAUACAACUACCUACAACCGGCGAGUACGCGAAUACAAAAUGGUGGGGCAAUUUCCUCCGCGACCCUGAUGCCUUCGAUCAUAAAUUCUUCAAAAAGUCUCAGCGAGAGGCCGUCGCCUGGGAUCCCCAGCAACGGAUCCUUCUCGAGGUCGUCUACGAAGCCCUAGAAUCAGCAGGAUACUUCCGCGCCGGCGUCAAGCCAGAGCUGGAUGACUACGGAUGCUACAUUGGCGCUGUCAUGAACAACUACUACGACAACAUAUCCUGCCAGCCUACAACAGCCUAUGCCACCGUUGGAACCUCGCGCUGUUUUAUCAGCGGCUGUGUCAGUCAUUUCUUUGGCUGGACUGGACCUUCCCUAACGAUCGACACGGCGUGCUCAUCCUCCCUAGUCGCGAUUAAUACCGCCUGCACAGCGAUCUGGUCCGGUGAGUGUUCCCAGGCUGUAGCAGGGGGGACGAAUGUGAUCACUAGUCCAUUCGAUUAUCGGAAUCUCAAAGCCGCCGGGUUCCUUAGCCCUAGUGGACAGUGCAAGCCUUUCGAUUCAGAUGCAGAUGGGUAUUGUCGUGGAGAGGGAGUUAGUGCGGUUGUUCUUAAGCCCCUAGCUUCUGCGUUGGAGGAGAAGGAUCAUAUCUUCGGUGUCAUUGUGGGGUCUGCGGCGAACCAGAAUCUGAAUUUGAGCCACAUCACCGUGCCUCACUCAGGUUCGCAGGUUAAACUUUAUCAGAAUGUCAUGAGCCAAGCUGGGGUUCAUCCGCACUCAGUGACGUACGUUGAGGCUCACGGAACGGGUACCGGCAUAGGCGACCCAGUUGAGUGUAACAGCAUUGCUGAAGCAUUCGGUGGCUCUUCAAGGGACAUCAAACUCCACUUUGGCUCUAUCAAGGGUAACAUUGGGCAUACUGAAGCUACAGCCGGUAUUGCCGGGCUCGUCAAAGUCCUGCUUAUGAUGGAGCAUGGGCAAAUCCCCCAGCAAGCCAGCCACAGGCAGCUAAAUCCGAAGAUUGCCCCAUUUUCAAACACGCAAAUAGAAAUUCCGCAGAGACUGCUGCCCUGGGAUGCACCAUCCUUGCUAGCCUGUGUCAACAGUUACGGUGCUGCUGGAAGUAAUGCGGCUGUUAUGGUUCGCCAGGGGCCAUUUUCUAGGAUUAACCCUAUUGACAAUCUCAGUCAUGCCCCAAUUGGAACGAGGUAUCCUGUGUUUAUCUCUGCGGGAUCUUCAAGAAGUGCUCUUGCGUAUUCGGAGAAGCUUUCCACUUGGCUGGGGACGCUUGGAUCUGGUGUCCGGAUCUCUGAUGUGGUGUUCAAUAUAGCCGAUAGAGCAAACCACUCGCUCUCGCAUUUCUUCUCAACCACCGUGGCCAGUAUCUCCGAGCUCAAGGACAAGUUGACCACUCUCUCGGCGAUAGACGUCCUACCGAGUCCGAAACCUAUAGUCUUUGUUUUUGGGGGCCAGGAAAGCGAAUCAAUCGGGCUGUGUGAACAACUCUACCAGUCUUCAGCACUGCUUCGAUAUCACCUCGACGCUUGUAACGAGAUCUUGAUCUCUUCUGGCUUUGAGAGCAUAUACCCUGCAAUAUUUUCAAAAGGUCCAGUUGGGAACUUGACCACUCUGCACUCUGCGCUGUUUGCGAUUCAAUACGCUUCCGCAAAAGCUUGGAUUGACAGCGGACUCAAGCAAACCGUUUUCAAACUCCUCAGUUCAGUCUACGGGAACGUCGAAAUUGCCUGCUACAAUGGACCAAACAGCCAUGUCGUCGUUGGCUCUGCCAAGGAAAUCGACACCCUAGAGACAUUUCUUUCAGAGAACCCUUCCUUUGGAGGAGACUCGAUUCGGACCAAAAGACUGGAAGUCACGAAUGGGUUUCACUCAAGGUUCACAGAGCCCUUGCUGUCACAUAUUACAGCAUUAUCUAGAGGAUUAAGCUGGCAGGAACCUAACAUACAUCUUGAGCUCUGCACUGAAAGUGCGGAGAGUCCUGAUUCCCGGUUACCGGCAAGUCAUGCAAGACGCUCGGUCUUCUUUCAGCAGGCAAUUGAGAGGCUUGAGAAGAGGUUCCCUAAGAGUACAUACCUCGAGGUUGGCCGAGGGUCAUCCGUUAUUCAGCUUGCCAGGGGCUGCGUAGCAGAAAGCCACGAACAUCUGUUCUUAUCCCCUCAGCUGACGACGGCUAACGCACUGACUUCACUAGCAAAUACCACCGCUGACCUAUGGAAAUCGGGCUAUGCCGCGCAGUCCUGGCUUUUCGAUCGCUCUCAGAAACCAUCAUACCAAAUCCUUCGCCUUCCAUCGUAUCAAUUUGAGAAGACUCGCCACUGGCUUGGCUUCAUCGCUGGGAGAGGCGAAAAGGAAACAUUGCCAGAGCCUACAGCUGAAACUCAGCCUGUAAUCCAUGAGCUCCUCAAGUUCCUGCGAUUCAACAACGACAAGAAGACCAGCGCAGUGUUUCGUAUCGCGCCGCAGAGCGAUCGGUUCCAGUCCAUGCUAAAGGGCCACGUUAUGGGAGGCCAGUCUCUAGCACCAGCCUCGUUGUACUUCGAGAUCGUCGCUCGAGCUGCGUUAUUUCUCCAUUCAGAUACUUCAGCCACGACCUGGGUAACAGCUGUUCAGGAUCUCGUGAUGAAUUCGCCAAUUGGCCUUGACACGAACAAGGAGCUCCUUCUCACUAUGCAGCAAACGGAUGAUCAGCGACCUUCAUGGUCAUUCUCGAUUAUUACUCAACUACCUCCGAGUCAGACGGGCCGUGUCAGUGCACCAUUUGAGACAUCGACUGGACGGGUAUAUCUCCAAAGACGUGAUGAUUCCAAAUCUGCCCAGCUGUUCCAACGCUUUGAAACCCUCACCGGGAUCGGUCGCUGUGAGGAGAUAAUGAAUCACCCGGACGCCGAAACAAUGGAAGGAAAGCAUAUCUACCGUGCGUUUAACCACAUAGUGCACUACGCUGAAAACUUCCGCGGAAUCAAGAAAGUCGCGUGUCUGCGUCUGGAAGCCGCCGGGAAGGUGAUGAUCGACGUGGACCCGAGCGAUCCAAUUGACCAGCGCCUCUGUGAUACCCCCAUGACGGAUAGUUUCAUGCAAUUCGCUGGAUUCCUGGUGAACUACUUCAACAACGACAGUUUAGAGGAUGUUCUAGUGUGUUCAAAGAUUUCGCAUAUUGAGAUCGGGGGGAACUUCGAUCCAGACGCAAAGGAGUGGAUGGUUUAUUCUAAUAUGACUCCAGGAGGGCAGACCGAUGCGUCUGCUGAUGCGUAUAUAUUUGAUGCAAGGAGCAAGCAAAUGGUUAUGGCGGCCUUUGGGUUCCAGUUUUCGAAGAUGUCGCAGGCACUGCUAAUGAGGAUGUUGAAGAGCGUGAAUAGACCAACAGCUGCUGAACCAAUUAGUACGCCUGUCAGUCAUCACAAGUCGGACACAUUUUUAGCUAAGGAACUGCCACCCCUAAUGGAGGGUGCGUCAUCCACGCUUUCCAAGGCAAUUAAGAAGCAGCCUAGUACGCGGGCAGAACUCUUCCAAAUCUUGCACAAUGUCACAGACGUACCUCUGGAUGAUAUGAACGACGAAUCGUCUUUGGAAGACCUUGGAAUCGACUCUCUUAUGGCUACAGAGGUCAUGAACGACAUUCGAGCGACUCUUGGUCUUACAAUUGACCUGGCUAGCUUCCUGUUCUACCCAGAUCUCAAGAGCCUCACGGCCUAUGUUGAUUCGAAGUUCAACGGCAUCGAGGACAGCUUCGAGGAAUCUAGCGGCGAGGAAUGGGCGCCAGUCGAUACACCUACAGAUCACUCUACAGUACCUACCCCGACAGAGUCGAUCGACGAAGGGCCGGCCUCAUUUGAGGCAGAAGGGAUUCUUAUGUCUGCACAGUGUGAAAGGAUACCAUCCAUCAAUUCCGCGUCUAGUUCAUUUAAGAAUAUUCAGUUCGCGUACGAUCAACUCGCGGAGGGGACACUUGCUGCCAAUUUUUGGACUGAAGCCUACCCAGAUCAGAGACGGCUUGUUCUUGCAUAUGUCGUUGAGGCCUUCGCGGAGCUUGGGUGUGAUCUCGCGAGGCUGAGUCCUCGUGCUGCUGUACCUAUGGUGCCUGCUCUGGAUAGACACAAGAGGCUAGUUCGUCAGUAUUAUCAUGUACUUGAGGAUGGAGAACUGAUCUUCGCUACGGAAGAUGGCUUCGUUCGAACAGAUGUACCGGUUGAUUCAACGCUCGCUGAAGACAUAUAUCAAGAGAUCGUUGACCUCUGGCCACAACAUAAGGUCGUGACGCAGCUUGUGAAAGUUAUCGGCCCAAAGCUCGCUGAAUGUCUCGGUGGGAAUAUUGAUGGUCUUCAGUUGAUAUUCGGCGACAGAGCGAACAAGCUACUUCUGGAGGAUAUGUAUGAGAACUGGCCUCUUCUUCGAACCCCAACAUUACUUCUAGGAGACUUUCUCAAAACUGCUUUCUCCAACUCGAACGGAGGUGGGAAGUUUCGAAUUCUGGAGAUUGGGGCCGGAACGGGGGGUACGACGAAGCACAUCAUCAAGUACCUUAGAAGUCAUGGUAUUCCCUUCGAGUAUGUCUUCACCGAUAUCUCAACGUCGCUAGUUUCAGCUGCGAAGAGGAAGUUCAAGGAUGACAGAGAAAUGUCCUUCCAGGUUUUGGAUAUCGAGAAAGAUCCAAAACGGGAAUAUGAGAAUGCCUUCCACAUGAUCAUUGCCACAAAUUGUGUUCAUGCGACAAGGAGCUUGCAACAAUCGCUAGUCACCCUUAACAAAAUGGUACGCGAGGAUGGUGCCGUUGCGCUUGUUGAGAUUACACGAAACAUGUUCUGGCUUGAUAUUGUUGUUGGAUUGUUCGAGGGAUGGUGGCUAUUUGAGGACAACCGCACGCAUGCCUUGGUUGAUGAGAAACAUUGGGAAAUGGAGAUGAAGGCGGCUGGUUUCAAGGAAGUUUUGUGGACGAGUGGAGAGUCCCUGGAGUCAAAGACCGUCCGCGUGAUCGCUGCUUUCAAAUCACCCCCUGUUGAGACCAAAACGCCCACGGCGAAGGCGGCUGUUGAGACAGUCGUAUACAAGACGGUAGGCAGAACGAAGAUUCAUGCUGAUGUGUACUACCCUCUUGAUUCGGUUCCAACACACACAAAACUCCCAGUCGCCCUGAUGAUACACGGAGGUAGCCAUAUGAUCUUCUCCCGCAAGGACAUUCGACCAGCUCAGACUCGUCUCUUGCUGAAUAAGGGGUUUCUCCCGGUGAGCCUGGAUCAUCGGCUCUGUCCUGAAGUUAGACUUGUCGAUGGACCAAUGGUCGACAUUUGUGAUGCACUUUAUUGGGCGAGAAACAAACUGCCGCAUAUCACACUCCCAAAUGAAGGAGUCAAGAUUGACGGUGAGAGAGUCGUCGUUGUCGGAUGGUCGUCUGGUGGACAAUUGGCAAUGUCACUGGCCUGGACAGCUCCGCAAAGAGGGUUGAGGCCACCAGAGGCAAUCUUGGCAUUUUAUUGCCCGACGGACUAUGAAGAUGAGUGGUGGAGCAAUCCCAUCCAGCCCGUCGGGGCAGAAGAUCAGGGAGAUGCAUACGAUUUGUUAGAAGCGAUCCAAGAUGAGCCCAUCACCAACUACGGUAUUGUCGGUGCCUGGGAGCCACUAUCGGACCCCCGCAUCCGCACCGACCCCAGAUGUCGCAUCGUCCUGCACAUCAACUGGAAAGCCCAAACACUGCCAAUAAUUAUUGGCGGUCUUCCCAGCAAAAGGAACAGCGCAGGCUUUAACAUCCGAGACUGGAAUGCUCUCCCACGGCCUUCGCUAGAUGAAAUCGUCCGAGUCAGUCCACGCGCCCAAAUCUCACGAGGCAAUUAUCAUACGCCCACGUUCUUCAUCCAUGGAACAAAUGAUGAUUUGAUUCCUUGGCAGCAGUCUCAAGGCACUUAUGAUGCACUUCGGGAUGCAGGAGUCACUGGUGGCUUGGUUUUGAUUGAGGGGGCUCCGCAUAUUUGUGAUCUUAGCACCAAUCCUGAGUCGGAGGGCUGGAAGGCAGCGAUUCAGGGAUAUGAGUUUCUUAGUAGCUACGUGUGA